GUGUCAGUUAGUUAGUUAAUUAGUCAGGCCCAAAACUACCUGGCCAGGACGUGAUGAGAUAACGGAGCUGUCUGAAAUGACUGAUUUAAAUGGAAGAAGGAGGCUCUCUCAGCUCCUUCACCGCAGAAACAAACGCAGUCCCUGUUUACUAACCUCAGAAAGCGGAGGUCGCUCUGCUGGAGCCGCAGUUUGAGAAGGUGCAAUAUUUGAGGAGAACGCAGUGCGGGACGAUGAGGUGUUCCAGCUCGCCGUGUCUGACCUCAGUCUGAGUGAUGACGUCCUGCAGAGUGAGAAGAUCACACACUCAAUUAAACUCAUCGAGCCCAACAACCCUUUCCAGGCGGUGCAGGAAGCCUGCGAGCUGAUGAACCAGGGCAUAUUGGCGUUGGUUACCUCGACGGGCUGCGCGUCAGCCAGCGCACUGCAGUCCCUGACGGAUGCCAUGCACAUCCCCCACCUGUACAUCCAGAGGAACAGCGAGGGAUCACCGCGUACUGCCUGCCAGUUCAACCCGAGCCCCGGCGGGCAGCGCUACACGCUAGCUGCCCGGCCGCCCGUACGCCUCAAUGACGUCAUGCUGACUCUAGUGGAAGAGCUGCGCUGGCAGAAGUUUAUCGUGUUCUACGACAUCGAGUAUGAUGAUGACGGGAUACUGUUAUUCUGCCAUUUUCAUGUUGAACUCCUGGAGCGUGUAGUAUAGACACUACAGGGUUUUAUGCAUCUGACUGAAGGAGCAUGUUACUCAGAAGUUGGAUUAGUGUUGAAGCCACCAUGAAGUAACAGACAUGAUGUGAGACUCGUGAGCAGUCUGAGGGGGAAAGUUCCUUGGGGUUCAAUUCAGUGAGGACUUCACUGGUCGGUUGGGCGCAUCAGAGGCUGUACUUCCUGAGAAGGCUGAAGAAAUUUAAGUCGCCAUCAACACUCCUCUGCAACUUCGCCCGGUGCACUAUUGAGACCACUCUCACAAGCAGCGUCACAGUAUGGUAAGGCAACAGCAUGCAAGCAGACCGUAAAUGCCUGCAGAGAAUGAUCAAGUCAGCACAUCACAGCAACAGCCUCCCAUCUCUGCAGGAUAUCGACCAGCAGAGAGUCCUCAGAAGGGCCCACAACAACAUCAAAGACCCCACCCCCCCACCGCCUCUUUGCACUCCUGCAGACAGUACAGAAGUCUGAAAUGAAGGACCUCAAGGCUCAAAGACAGUUUCUACCACCAGGCCAUAGGGCUGAUUAGCACACACUGAACAAUAUGCACUCACUUUCAUUGCACUGAUCACUGGUUUGUUUCUGCAUAAUGACAAUACAGCCUUUGAAUCCUUGUUGAAGCUUCAGGCAGAGCAGACAAAGUUGGUGAAAUCUCUGCUCGAAGUUAAAGAGAAGGUUGAGCAGUUGGUUCUGAAGUGAAGGACGGAGAGGAAGUUUUGCUUCAUUGGGAAACAGAAGGAGGCUCCUGACGUCCAGAUGCUGCUGAUCUUUCCUCUGUCUGAAAGCUGACACGUCUUCAGCUGUUAGCGGAGCGUCUCUAGACACCACACACCCAAAUCAACAGCCUCGCAGUCUGAAGACAUGCGCGCAAGCUGCAACCACACGGCUGAAAACCAGUGGAAGUAAAACCUUAGACGAAUCAGAAAUAAUCUGAUGUGAUCAGCCAGUUAUCAGGAUGAGAGGGUUUUUAUUCACCCGAUUGGUUUGCCUGAUUCACAGUGAUGAUUCUGUCAUAUGGUCGCCAGUUGGUUGGUUGGUUGGGAAGUUAAUUUGUGUUGUAGUUGGUUGAUUAAUCAUUUGAUUGGUGCAAUAGACUUAUCACUCACUUUGUUUUCUGUGUUGUGGGUUAGUCACUGUCUGUGUUGGUCGUUAAUUAGCUGCUCAGUGAGUUUAUUAGCUCUUGAAGAACAUAGACAAACCCGUCAAACCACAAAAAGCAAAAUCUUGAUGUCUGUCGCAGCACUUCCCAUGAAUAAAUGAAGGACGCUUUUAUUCCUAUGUUCAUCGCAUUUUCAAGAUUUGCCUUCAUGAACUCAACUUUGAUGCUCUUCUUCAUAUCGUGUUCAGCAUCAGAUGUUUCACAGCACCCUCAGUACCGUUCUGGCCUUGUGCUGCAAUUCCAACGGUUACACUUGUUAAACGGGAUAAUUAGGUUGCGCUCUCUUGGAACUUUUGUGCAGUCUGCUGUGUUGUACACUCACCUGUCAAGAAAGCAGGCUGAUUUUUUUAAAUUAAUGUAGUGCAGGUCUGCCUCACAGCGUUCAUACUCUGUUAAAGUGUUGAAAGAAAGUUAAGUAAUACUGAGUAGUGGAGUAUACAAAAGGGC